GAUUACAGAAGUUGUUCGUUUCCCUCAAAAUGCCGGGCGAUCCGAGCCCUAGAGCUUCUGGUGGUAUUAUAGCUUACAAUGGCGAUUCUGCUCGAGGUUGGAAUGACCCUCCAACUUUUGCGUUCUCUAAUAACAUGACGGGCAACAGACCGAAGUUAGAUUUAAGGAAGAGAGUAUCACAUCAACAAGCUUUACAUGGAGUACAAACACCGUCGUCAAAUUUACAACCAGCUGUUGUUAACAACGAUGAAAUUACAAACGGGGUUGGUGCUCUUAAACUCAAUGGCGUCUCCCAACCACUUUAUACAGAACCUCCAGUGACAACAAAUGCAUCUCUUAGAGGCAAUAAUUUGGAUGGCAUUGCCCAGCCACUAUUCACUCCACCAGUGACAACAAAUCCACCUCUUGGCAGCAAUAAUCUGAAUGGUGUCACCCAGCCACUUUUCACUCCAGCACCAGUGACAACAACUUCACCUCUUGUAAACUGUAAUCUUAUGGCUCCCUCCAUACCAACUAUGUUUACAAGGAGUGUAUCCACACCUUCUUUCACUGAUGCAGGGACAGCAAGUUCAAGUGAGGCAUCUGUUAACUUAACACAAAGUAUCAACCCUCCAGGUGCACAUGCUUCUGCCAAAUCAACAGAAAAUCUCUCAGGGAAUCUUGGACAACCAUUAUUUGCUCUAAAAGAUCAUAGUUUUGAACCGAUAAGAACUGCACCUCUACAUAGUAUCCGCUCAACAGCAGAAAUCAGUGAUCAUUUUGAUGAUCACCAUAGCUCCCCACAGAUAUUCCACCCUGCAACUCCUCCAGUAACAAAAGCUACUGCUAUGCCAAGUUAUCAAGAUAACCCGCUCCUGACACAGCCAUCCAUCCCUCCCUUAGGCCAUGUAACACCACCACCAUCAUUACCAAGCCAACCUCCAGUUGGUCACACAACACCUCCCUUGUAUCACAGGCAAAGCCCUGUUCCACGAACAAAACUUCCACAGGGGAAUGGAGUGGCCAUGCAUUCUCAUAUGGGACAUAGUAGGACUCCACCACCACUCCCAGGAAAUCACAUCUCACCUUCAGCUUCUUUAAGUGCAGGGAGUACUCCUCGCAGCACGUCCCCCUCUGGGGAAGAGAAAAAUGUUGUUACAUCUAGUUCAGUGGAUGACCAAGAAGGGCUGAAGAUCACCAUGGAUGCCCUACAGGAUGUUAUCAACAAGCUUCAGGACAAUUUAGAGAAAAGAGUAGCUGAUGAUAUUGCACGAAGACUUCAAGUGAUGAGUCAGAAUUGGAAAAAUGGGAAACUUAGCCUGGGUGUCAAGAGCAGAAUGAUAAAGCUUGCACAAGCUCUAGAUGCUGGGAAUGUUGAGGAAGCACAUCAGAUUCAUAUUUCAUUGAUGGUUGAUUUUGUUAGCGAGGUAAACCAGUGGAUGGUUGCUGUGAAGAAAUUGAUCAAUUUAGUUCAUACGUCAAGUACUUUCCCAGCUCAUUCAUGAUACUCAAGAAAUUUGAAAACUCAGACUUUUAUGAAUAAUUUAAUUGAACUUUACUGCAAGUGAAACUGAAACAACACAGGAAAAUUCAUGAACAAUCGAGAAGUUGGGAUCCAUGACUGUUCCAAAUGAUCUGUAGAAAUGAAGUUUCAAUUCAAGUUGGGGUUAGUGAAAGAGACUGUUUAGAGCCUGAUGGCAUUUUAAGGAAGUUAUUGUAUUGUUAUCUCAAAGGGUGGCAAUGACAAAUAAUUAUGAGAAAUUUUAUUUUGGAAAAAAAAAGACACCUCUAGAUUUAGGUUUUAAUAUUUACAAAAUAGGAUCUGGUAGAAAGGGCACACAUGUUGUAAUUAAUGUGAAAUUGUGGGCAGUAAGGUCUAUUCAAAAGUUCCCCUUAUUUCAUAAACAAAUGAUUUGCCUGCUGUGUAGGCUAGCUAGCUCACAAAUUCCAAUCUUUUCCCAAAAGUCUCAGACUCUGAGUAAAUAUCUAUAUUUAUUAUAAAUGAGAGAACAUGAAUAAUGAUUGAGGGAGCUUUCUUUUCAGUUUGGUAGAAUGUGUCUAUAAUUAAUCAAGGUCAAGUGCUGUAUUUAAGCUUAAGCCUGACUGGAAAUCAGUAUUAAGUAAAUGAAUGCAGUUUUAAGGAUGCAAAGUAACAUUAUGAAUUAAGAAAUGUAAACUUUGUGACUUUAAAGUUAUUAGGAAUUUAAACUUCGAGAGGGAUUUUAUCACCUGUUUCAACUUAUCAUUACAGAUGAAUUAUUAACUGAAAUAAUUACCUCAAAAUCUCAUUGCAAUAUCUUAGCGAUAGCUGAGAUUUAUGAUGUAGAUGAUUAAUAGUAAGAUGGAUGAACUUUGUUAAAACAAAAAGAGAUCAUCUCUUAACUUGUCUUUUUUGGUAAGUUUUAAAAAAUGAAUAAAAUUGUGAUCAAGCCCUCAGAUUUAAGGUCUUAAUUCAACUAGGCUAAGAAACAUAGUCACUGUGAUAAGUAACUGUGCUUGACACAGUGUUCCAUUGGAAGAGACUGUAAAUAACAAUGGGAAGUGUAUAAAGGUAUCUAGAUUAAUUUUAGUGCAGGAGUGGUAAUGUUUUUCUGUUCGAAGGCAAUCACUAAAUCUCACAGGAACUGA